UUCUCUAAAAUAAAACUAGGUACAACAUGUUGGAGCUUUAACAAGUACAACACAAGCAAGCACUUUGAGAAUCGAAGACGUGGGGUUCCUCUGAUUCAAAGCAAUCAGUUUCAGUUUAACAUCAAUUUCGCUUUUAGAUCAAAUUGGAAUUAAGGAACAAAAUAGACACAUUGCUCUUUGCGGUGCUAGACUUGGGUUUCAGCCUGGCUGCUGAACUGUGCAUUGUAAACAAGAUUCAGUUGUUGUUGGAGAAGAUUGAUUUCUCAUGGAAAAAACUCUUGAAGAACUUUUCACACAACAUGAUUAAGCAAAAAAAAAAGUGAAAUGUUGUCCGAGAAAUGGUUGAUCAGGGAGAUGUCGCGCAAAGUAGUGUUCAAUUGACUGGUGAUAUGGUUGAUGCUGCAGACAACAGGGAUGGUGGAGUUGCUCGUUCUCCUAAGAGAAGCAUUACUGGAGCUGAAGAAAAUGCAGCAGAUUUUGAGCCACGUGAUGGGAUCGAAUUUGAGUCUCAUGAAGCUGCAUAUGGAUUCUACCAAGAGUAUGCCAAGUCCAUGGGAUUCACAACCUCAAUUAAGAACAGCCGUCGCUCAAAGAAAUCAAAAGAAUUUAUCGAUGCUAAAUUUGCAUGUUCUAGAUAUGGCGUGACUCCAGAAUCAGAUACUGGCAGUAGUAGACGUCCUAGCGUCAAAAAGACCGAUUGCAAAGCAAGCAUGCAUGUUAAGAGGAAGCGAGAUGGAAAAUGGUAUAUCCACGAGUUUAUAAAGGACCAUAAUCAUGAGCUUUUACCAGCCUUGGCUUAUCAUUUCCGAAUCCACAGGAAUGUUAAACUUGCUGAGAAAAAUAACAUUGAUAUUCUUCAUGCUGUUAGUGAACGAACAAGAAAGAUGUAUGUUGAGAUGUCUAGACAAUGUGGUGGAAGCCAAGAAGUUGGCCAGCUGACUAACGAUUUAAAUUACCAGUUUGAUAAAGGACGGUGCUUGUCAUUAGAAGAGGGAGAUGCACAAGUUAUGCUCGAGUAUUUCAUGCAUAUACAGAAAGAGAAUCCAUAUUUCUUUUAUGCAAUUGAUCUCAAUGAAGAUCAACGCUUAAGGAACUUAUUCUGGAUUGAUGCCAAAAGUAGGAAAGACUAUGUCAGCUUUUGUGAUGUGGUUUUCCUUGAUACCAGCUAUAUGAAAAGCAAUGAGAAGAUGCCGUUUGCUCUUUUUAUUGGGGUAAAUCAUCAUUGUCAACCUAUGUUGCUUGGAUGUGCACUUGUAGCAGAUGAGACCAAACCAACAUUUGUGUGGUUGUUGAAGACGUGGCUUAGAGCGGUGGGUGGGCAGGCUCCGAAAGUGAUAAUCACUGAUGAAGAUAGGUCACUCAAAGCAGCUAUUGAAGAAGUUUUCCCAUGUUCACGUCACUGCUUUACGCUUUGGCAUGUGCUUGAAAGAAUCCCGGAAAUACUUGCUCAUGUCGUAAAACAGCACGAGCAUUUUAUGGGGAAAUUCAGCAAGUGUAUAUUUAAGUCAGUAACUGAUGAACAAUUUGAUUUAAGAUGGUGGAAGAUGGUCAGCAGAUUUGAACUGCAAGAGAAUGAAUGGAUUCAUACUCUGUAUGAAGACCGCAAAAAGUGGGUUCCAGCUUACAUGAGAGGCAUUUUUAUGGCUGGAAUGUCAACAGCUCAACGAUCGGAGAGUAUAAGCUCCUUCUUUGACAAGUACAUUCAUAAGAAGAUCAGUCUCAAGGAGUUUAUGAGACAAUAUGGAAUGAUUUUGCAAAAUAGAUAUGAAGAGGAAGCAGUAGCGGACUUUGAUACAUUGCACAAACAACCAGCUUUAAAGUCACCUUCGCCUUGGGAAAAGCAGAUGUCAACAAUUUAUACACAUGCAAUAUUUAAGAAAUUUCAAGUUGAAGUAUUGGGUGUAGUUGGGUGCCACCCAAAGAAAGAAGCUGAAAAUGGGGAAAGUGUAACUUUUAGAGUUGAUGACUGCGAGAAGGAUGAAAAUUUUAUGGUCACAUGGAAUGAGGGACGUUCAGAUGUUUCUUGUUCGUGCCUUCUAUUUGAAUACAAAGGUUUCCUCUGUAGGCAUGCAAUGAUUGUUCUUCAGAUGUGUGGUCUUUCAAGCAUCCCAUCCCAAUACAUUUUGAAGAGGUGGACCAAAGAUGCAAAGAAUAAACAGUUGAUGUUUGAGGGGACAGAAAAAACUCAAACCAGGGUACAAAGAUACAACGAUCUAUGUAGAAGGGCAAUUGAACUGGGUGAAGAGGGUUCUUUAUCUGAGCAGAGUUACGCCAUUGCCUUCCGUGUCCUCGAUGAAGCUCUAAAGAACUGUGUGAAUGUUAACAAUACAAGUUCUGCAUUAACAGAAUGCAGCAGCAGUGCUGUGGGACUUCGUGAUCUUGAAGAAGAUACUCAGGGGAUUCAUGCUACCAAAACAACUAGGAAGAAAAAUACAAACAAGAAGCGGAAGGUACACUCUGAACCAGAAGCUGCAAUAGUUCAAGCUCAAGACAGCUUGCAACAAAUGGAUAAUCUUGUUGUGGGUGGAAUGACGUUGAAUGGCUAUUAUGGCACACAGCAGAAUGUGCAGGGACUGAUACAGUUGAAUUUGAUGGAACCUCCCCAUGAUGGCUAUUAUGUUAACCAACAGAAUAUGCAGGGACUGGGACAACUCAAUACGAUUGCACCUGGCCAUGAUGGGUUUUUCGGGUCUCAACAAAGCAUUCCAGAACUAGGGCAUUUGGAUUUUAGGCAGCCGAAUUUCACAUAUGGUUUGCAGGAUGAGCCUAGUCUAAGAGGUGCUCAGCUGCAUGGAAACAAUGCUAGACAUGUAUGAGGAUGAUUGCUUCUUUUAAAAGAAAGCUCUCAUCAAAUUUUUGUUUAUUGGUAUCCAAGUGUUUCCUGUUGUAGAUUAGUUUGACGACUCUGAUACUCUGGGUAAAUAUUUGCUGCAUGAGGGGAUCUCUUUGCUAGCGUCAAAUAAAUUUGGAUUUCUGAACUGAUAUAAGUAUUCACUUGUGUAUCAUAGAAGUUUAAAGGCUGAAGGAGCACCAAGUUUCAAUUUUGAUGUCAUGUAGAUGGAGUUGAGGUUACAGUCGUACCCUUUUCUCACAGAAUUAGAAUUUCAGGUUGGUUUACAAAACCAGAUGUAGAUAUCUUAGGUAUUUAUCAGAGAUGAUGAUUUAGUACAGUUUUUUUAUGGUAAUGGAAAUUUGAAUUUUUCAUGAA